GCAACACAGUUGUGUGACUGUGACAUAACAAAUUAUUAACCUUAAAAUUUAUAAAAUGGCAGGAAUAGUAAAUAUUCAGCGUUAUGGUUUACAAAGAAUAAUCCCCCAUAUAAACAGACGUUUUGUAUCAACAUCAAAUAAAAAUAAUGAAACUGCAACUGUAGACGUAUGUAACACACCCUCUAAGACCACUGCCGAGAAAAAUUGGAUUAGUUAUGGAUUUGAUUACACAACUAAAGCAGGCGACAGGAAUGCUCUGCAUUCAAUUAUGUUUGGUUCUAUUACACUGUGUUUAGUUGUGGGAGGAUUUUUCCUUGCAUAUAUGCCAGAUUACAACAAUAGAGAUUGGGCCCAGCGAGAAGCUUUCUUGGAACUUCGUCGAAGAGAACAAAAUGGGUUGCCAUUAAUUAACCCCAAUUUUGUUGACCCAUCCAAAAUACCAUUGCCUUCUGAUGAAGAAUUGGGUGAUACAGAAAUUAUAAUUUAGUUAUUUAAAUUUGUAAAUAGGUGUAUUUAUAUCAACUUUUACGAUGUUAAUAUAAUAUAAAAAAUUGUAAGUAGCGA